CUCUGCGUCCGCAGGCGGCGGCGGGCGGCGGGCUUCUCGCCCGGCAGCGGCGGCGGCCUCCGGAGUCCCGCCGCGAAGAUGCUCAAAGUCACGGUGCCCUCGAGCUCCGCCUCGUCCUGCUCUUCGGUCGCUGCCAGCGUGGCCCCGGGGGCUGGGAGCCUGGUCCCGGAUUACUGGAUCGACGGCUCCAACAGGGAUGCUUUGAGCGAUUUCUUCGACGUGGAGGCGGAGCUGGGACGGGGUGCUACAUCCAUUGUGUACAGAUGCAAACAGAAGGGGACCCAGAAGCCUUAUGCUCUCAAAGUAUUAAAGAAAACAGUGGACAAAAAAAUUGUAAGAACUGAGAUAGGAGUUCUUCUUCGCCUCUCACAUCCAAAUAUUAUAAAACUUAAAGAGAUAUUUGAAACCCCUACAGAAAUCAGUCUGGUCCUAGAACUCGUCACAGGAGGAGAACUUUUUGAUAGGAUUGUGGAAAAAGGGUAUUACAGUGAACGAGAUGCUGCUGAUGCUGUUAAACAAAUCCUGGAGGCAGUUGCUUACCUCCACGAAAAUGGGAUUGUUCAUCGUGAUCUCAAACCAGAAAACCUUCUCUAUGCAACUCCAGCCCCAGAUGCACCACUCAAAAUUGCUGAUUUUGGGCUCUCUAAAAUUGUGGAACAUCAAGUGCUCAUGAAGACAGUAUGCGGAACCCCAGGCUACUGUGCACCGGAAAUUCUUAGAGGCUGCGCCUACGGCCCGGAGGUGGACAUGUGGUCUGUAGGAAUAAUCACCUACAUCUUACUUUGUGGAUUUGAACCAUUCUAUGAUGAAAGAGGUGAUCAGUUUAUGUUCAGGAGAAUUCUGAAUUGUGAAUAUUACUUUAUCUCCCCCUGGUGGGAUGAAGUAUCUCUAAAUGCCAAGGACUUGGUCAGAAAAUUAAUUGUUUUGGAUCCCAAAAAGCGCCUGACUACCUUCCAAGCUCUCCAGCACCCAUGGGUCACAGGAAAAGCAGCCAAUUUUGUACAUAUGGAUACUGCUCAGAAGAAGCUCCAGGAAUUCAAUGCCCGACGCAAGCUUAAGGCAGCAGUGAAGGCCGUGGUGGCAUCCUCCCGGUUGGGAAGUGCCAGCAGCAGUCAUAGCAACAUCCAGGAGAGCCAGAAGGCCAGCCAAGAGCUAUUGCCAACCCAAGAUAGCAAGGAAGACGUUGAAGCUAUUCCAAGAGAGAAAAUUCAAGGAGAUGGGGAUCAAGUGGCAGAUGAGGUGGCAGAGGUUGAGGUCGUGAAGACGAAAACCACUGAGGAAGUUAACUAUGAAGAUGUAAUUGGUGCUGAGGCCACCGAGAUGGUGCCUGAGGCCCAAGAGGAUGGCUUAAAGGUGGCUGACCCGGAAGUAGAGGGAAGCCUUGUGGAGGAGAAGUUAAAGACUGUGGAGGAAGCUGCAGCCCCCAAAGAAGGGCAAGAAAACCCUGCUCUGGAAUUUGGAAUUCAGGAAAGUGAUCCGAUCCUGCCAGAAUACUAAAGUGGUUUCAUCUGACCUGGAAGCCAAAUUCCAGCAUUUUAUGCAUUUUGUCCUUCAGCAAGGAAAGUGUGGAAGCAUGAUAUGCACUAUAGUGAUUCUGUAUUGAGGUGCAAAAAAUACAUAUAUAUCAGUUGGUUAUCCUAACUUCAAUGCAUGUGACUGCUUUAUGAAAAAAUAGUGUUGUCUAUGGUAUGCAAUGGUUAACUAAUACCGAUGAGUUAAAUUUGAAAUUGCAAGUAAAUACAACAUAACAUUUAAAAACAUACAUUUUCAGGGAUGAGUAAGACACACUUGAAGCAAAUAGUAACCAAUGGUUUUUGCUUUGAAAACAUAGUCAUCCUGCAUCCUUUGAACUUCUACACAAGGCAGUAAUUCCUUUGGACUAUUGCUUGGUUAAUACUAGGUAGUGCUAUAAGAUGCGUCCUCAUGAUAUUCAUAAUAUUUUACUUUUCAUUAAUGUGUUUGAACUGUUUACAAGAACAUGGUUACAGGUUCUAGUUGUAUGGUACAUGCUGAAAACAAUUUCCACUUAUAAAGACAAGAAACUGAAGCAUACU